AGCCAGUAACCUGUGCGACCCGCACCCGUGCCACGCCAUGGCCACCUGCCGACAGUUCGGGGGAACCUUUACCUGCACGUGCAACGUGGGAUACGUCGGAGACGGCCGUACCACCUGCACAGUUGUCCAAUGCCCUGCCCUGAAUGCACUUGCAAACGGUGCGCUGAGUCCUACAAACAGACGUCAGUACCAGGAUCAGGUCACCUUCACCUGUAACACCGGGUACACCCUGGUCGGCCAAACCAGCAUUACCUGUCUCGUGACUGGUGCCUGGAGUGCAAGUCCGCCGACAUGCAACCCCAGAACAUGUCCAACGUUGACGGCCCCAACUAACGGAGCGCUGAAUCCUCCCGGACCAACAUACUCCUACCCGAACCAGGUUACAGUCACCUGUAACCCAGGAUACCAACUGACCGGAGACUCUCCUUUGACGUGCCAAGCUGACGGAACAUGGGACAGGUCUGUAGGAACAUGCGCAGGAAGAACGUGCCCGACGUUGAAUGCCCCAUCUAACGGAGCGCUGAAUCCCGCCGGACCGACAUACGUCUAUCCUAGCACAGUUCAAGUCACCUGUAACCCGGGAUACACACUGACCGGAGACUCUCCUUUGACUUGCCGAACUGACGGAACAUGGGACAGGUCUGUAGGAACAUGCGCAGCCAGAUCAUGCCCAACGUUGACGGCCCCAGCAAACGGAGCGCUGAAUCCUCCCGGACCGUACUCCUACCCAAGCACGGUUAACGUCAACUGUAACCCGGGAUACACACUGAACGGAGCCUCUCCAUUGACAUGCCAAACUGGCGGUACAUGGGACAACAAUGUUGGAACAUGCACACCCAGAGCAUGUCAGACGUUGACGGCCCCAACUAACGGAGCGCUGAGUCCUCCCGGACCGGCAUACUCCUACCCGAGCACGGUUAACGUCAACUGUAACACAGGAUAUCAACUGACCGGAGUCUCUCCCUUGACAUGCCAAGCUGACGGAAGUUGGAGCAGCACUGUUGGAACCUGCCAGCCCAGCCAAUGUCCGGUGGUGAAUGCCCCAACUAACGGAGCAAGGACGCCCCCUACCGGAUCGAACUCCUUCGGGAACAUGAUCACGUUCACCUGUAACACGGGAUACGUACUGAACGGCGCUACUUCCUCAACGUGCCAAGCUGACACAACAUGGAGUCCCCCUGUUCCAACAUGCGACCCAAGACAAUGUCCGGCGUUAACGGCCCCAGCGUUUGGAUCACUGAGUCCUACCGGAAGGACCUCUUAUCAGGACGUGGUCAACUUCAACUGUGAAACAGGAUACGUACGGAACGGCGCUGCUUCUGCGACGUGCCAAGCUGACGGAUCAUGGAGUAACCCUGUUCCAACUUGCACACCGACACCAUGUAAUGCGUUGACGGCCCCAACUAACGGAGCGCUGAGUCCUACCGGACCGUACACCUACCCGGCCACGGUAACACCCACCUGUAACACGGGAUACACACUGAACGGCGCGACUACCUUGACGUGCAACCCCGACGGAUCAUGGAACGACACUGUCCCAACAUGCGAGGCUGUACAAUGUCCUGCACUGACGGCCCCAAGGAACGGAACGCUGACCCCUGUCGCCGCAUCGUACAACUACCAGAACACGAUCACGUUCGACUGUGACAGGGGAUUUGACAUAGUCGGCGCUGCUGAUACUACGUGCAAAGCUGACGGAACAUGGAGUAAUCGUGUUCCAACAUGUAGACGUAAGAUGAACUGAAAUGUACUGUUUAUGUGUUACAGAAUUUAAGUUGUCCAUACUUUGCAGAUAAACGCACAUUGGCACAUUCUAGAUACUAUCAUCAUCAUCAUCAUUCUAGAUACUAUCCGCCAUUUCACAAUAAUCAACUUUUUUCUUCUUGCUAGUCACCAA